AUGAAUUUCUACAUCUUCCAGGCGUUUUCUUUCUGUUCUGUGAAGGUACGAGACCAGCUGCAAGAUGUUCAGAAAGUUGUUGGCACAGCCGGUGCCUUUGCUGCCAUCCGCGCCGACGGUCGAGUGAUUACGUGGGGCGAUGCUGAGUUUGGUGGUGACAGCCAUGGGGUGCAAGAUCAACUUUGUGAGGUUCAGGAGGUCUGUGCAACAAGCGCGGCCUUCGCUGCUCUGAAAGCCGAUG